GUUCUUGCAGCGCCGCAUGAAGUCGAACAAAAAAGUAUUUGGAUACCAAACGUACCUGCAGUUAUACAAUCACAUAUUGGAUGCACCAGAUCCGAUGCAGCCUUAAUAACUUGAUAGUGUGCUUUUUUCUUGAUCUCUGGCAAGCCAAAACACUACAAUGAUGCCAACUCGUAACAGCCCAGCCAGUGCUGCCGGAGUGAAAUACUCCAGGUUGGCAGACAGUGAUGAGGGCUACAUUGAUCUACAGUUUAAGAAAACUCCACCAAAAGUACCCUACAAGGCUAUCGCAUUGGCAACGUUCUUAUUUCUGAUUGGCUCUUUAUUGAUUAUUGUUGGAUCGCUGCUUUUGGCAGGAUACAUUCAGGUCAUGUACCCAGAUCGAACAAUUCCAGUUUUAAUCAUCGGCAUUCUGAUCUUUCUUCCCGGAAUCUAUCACCUCCGGAUUGCUUAUUAUGCCUCCAAGGGAUACCGUGGAUAUUCUUAUGAUGACAUCCCAGACUUUGAUGACUAAACAAAUCUAUAUGUAUUGAAUGCUGUUUCCUUUUUGGUUUUGCUGUUGCAGGAUUUGCCUUCAGAUUUUCUCCUGUGUUUAAUCUGGGAUGGUUUUGGAGGGACAGUGUGUUAUGCUGCAGCUUCGAUUAGAUUUAUUGAGAGAUUAUUAUCUUUAUAAGUUCUGUAUAAAGUAAAAUAUAUUUAUUUAGCUACAUGCAUUAAAGGCCAACAAACAAUAUUCUGAUAUUUUUAUAUUCUUUGGCUAAAUUUAUUUGAAAAAGUGUUCUUAGUUUUUAAAGCUUUGUAAUUUAUCCAUCAACAGCAUGUGUUAUUACUAUGAGUUUAAUUUUAAAUGCUAGAAACUAAUAACAACUCAUGCAUAAUGGUGUUUUUACAAUAUAUAUAUUAUUGUUUUUAUUUGAUUAAAGUAUUAAGGACGUUUGAAUCUGAAUGUCACAAUGGUAGCGUCACACUGUCAUAAUUUAAAUGUACAUUAUGUAAAUUUGUCGUGGAAUUUUAGCCGCAUCAAAUAAUGCACUAAGAGCAAAAGUCAAGGAUCACACAGACACACUGUUAACAGAAUUUUCUUUGUCUGAAUUUAAUAUAUUCUAUAGAAUAGGCUCUCACCCCCGUGGUGCUAGAAGUUUAAAAACCUAAGAGCCCCGUUUACCAGGUUGAGCACAUAUUUAAAGUAAGAUACUGAAAAAACAAAGUCAUCCCAUCUCCGCCCAUGAUCCAAAGAUUUCGUCAUAGUUCCAGCGUCACUUAGAAAAUAAACCUUCAAUUUAUCAAUGACUAAGAAACCUAUCAGUUGAAGCACAUCUGGUCAAAUAGAAGAAAUUAUUUUGUUCUCAGUGAAACUCUACCGUUUACUGAGUUUUUCCACUUGUUCAUCAUUUGUUACUUAUGUCAUUCACUAGCCCCCCUUUAUCUUAUCUGGUAGGACUUUGUAUAAUGUUCUAGUCUUUGGACAUUUUACUACUGAACAGAUGGAAAGAACAGAAAUCUUUCACUAGAACAGAAGAACAGGAUUUUGCAUUUAACAAUUAUAAGUUCAUAAACUAUAAUUAAAAUGAAAAUAAAAAAUCUUCCACUACAACUUUUAGUAGGAUCUCUUGACAGAAAUGCAAUAUAAUAUACAUAACAAUAUUAUCAGUGGUGUAUAAAGACCUUACAAAGCGAAAUGUAUUGUUUUUUUGCUUUAGUCUGGUAUCCAUGCCCUGCAGCAAGGAGGCCCAGAAAACGUUGUUAUGAGAAAGUGAAACCACCACUUUAAAUGCGCCAUGAUGGAGUCGAACACACAUUUUGAAAACCCCUGAGUCAUUCUCUGAGAUGGGUGCCUUUUGGGUCAUACUUUUUUUUAAAAUAUAUACCUUAAAUAGUUAUAUUUUUUAUCAUUUCAUGUGAUAGUGGAUUAGUCAAACCUUUAAGAAAAUACAUUUUCCCACCUCAAGCAUGAAAUUCUAAUCAAAAUUGAGUGUUUUUCUUACUGAAAGUUGUUUUGGAGUUCAACCCCGUCACAGACCACUUGGACCCUGUUCAAAUAUGAUUUAAAAAGAUUUUCAAGUAAAUUCUUGUAGAAGCUUUUCAAUGAGAUGUCCCUUGUUUGAUAUCAUUUAUUGCAUGUAGAAUUUUAUUUUUUAAUACUCACCAUUUAAAUACCAAAUCAGGUCAUGAAAACUGUAUCUAACAUUGGUCUUCAUAUCUUAUCACAAAAUAUGCAUUAACAUUAGAAUUUAAUCAGGCUUUCAUAUUUUUUCAGACUGUCCUGUAAAUUCUGCACACAGCAAAACAAACAUUGACCUAAUUUGUUGUUUUAUCACCAAAAUAUUAAUAAAAACUAUCAAAUAACAGGGUUGAACUCAGCAUAACGGGGUUGAAAAUGAUAACAGGGUUGAAGUGAUGAUCAUUAUUUAAUAUAGCAUGGAUUUCUUACCUGUAAAAUUAAUGAUAUCACAUUCAAUAAAAUUUUAUUUUAUUAAAGUUGGCAAAAACAAACAAACAAACAUUUUAGUAAGUAUUUAACAUUAAAUUAAAAGCAUUAAGGAUUAAUUGAUCACAAACAUCAAUCGAUCUUUCCAUUUGGUUUUAUUGAACAUAAAAUACCAUAAUCGAUUAUUUCUAACAGGUCACAUCACAAUAUAACAAGUCUACAAUUAAGUACUCUACUAAAAAGUGUCAAAUAUUCAACCCCGUCACAACGAUUCAACCCUGUUACUGAUAAAAAUGUGACGGGGUUGAAGUUUUUGCCUAACAGUAGCUGUAACUCCGUACUUAACUAAGACAGUAGCAUCACAUGGCAUUUAGGAAAUCAUACAAGUUUAAUGUUUUGCAAAACUAUUAUUUAAUUCUUCUUAAACCGUUGUUUACUAUCAUUUAGUAAUACAACAGAGUUGAAAUGUUGAGCCUGACAAUCUUAAUCUGACAGUGAAAAACAUGAAAUAAAUGU